AUGUUUGGCGGAGCCUCCAACAACUCGUCGGGGGCCAAGUCUGAAAGCGAUUCCAAGAGCGACGGCAAGUCGCCUUCUCCCGAGGCCAGCCCGACCGCGGCGUCUGCGGUUCCCAUCAAGAACGCAGACCAGGCGGCCAGCGGCGAGAAGCGCAGCGGCAAUGGCAGCCCCCCAACUCGACAGGAUACCGGCGAGAAGAAGCGCAGGAGUAGUGGCGUCAGCAGCAAGGCCAGCAGCCUGCUAGCUUCGGCCAGGAACUCGCUCAACUUCUCCCAGGUUGGCCGCUCGGGAUCCGACGCAGGCGCUCAGACGCCGCUCCAGAAGCUCGGGAAGCAGGACCCAGCUCUCGCCGUGCCCCAGGGCCAGCACAACAACUCGGCCGGAGACUCGGUCCCCGGACCAAAGUCCACCUUCCGUGUCGGCGUUUGGGAAGAUAGGAACAAGAAAUGCCGCCGGACGAUGGAGGACACGCAUGCCUUUUUGUACAACUUCUUGGAUACACCGGCUCCUGCGGUUGACGCAUCUGCCGGAAAGGACAAGUCAAGUAAGGACGACAAAGAGGCUAUUCAGAAAGAGGUCUCCGAGUCGGACAACGGCUACUUUGCCAUCUUUGACGGCCAUGCCGGCACAUUCGCUGCGGACUGGUGCGGCAAGAAGCUUCACAUUAUUCUAGAAGACAUGAUACGAAAACACCCCAACAUGCCGAUUCCCGAGCUCCUGGACAUGACAUUUACAUCCGUCGACGCCCAACUCGAGAAGCUCCCGCUCAAGAACAGCGGCUGCACAGCUGCUAUUGCGGUUCUUCGCUGGGAGGACCGCGUGCCCAGUGAUCGAUCCGUCACCGGCUCUCUGGCCAUUGCCCCAGCUGCCGCAAAUGUUGCUGCCGGCAAGGUAUUGGCCAAAUCGCAAGAAUCAGAAAAGGAAAAGGAUGGCCCGUCAGAACCGUCGCAGGCCGUUCCCAGCGAGUCUAUAACCGCCAAGCUCAGGGGAAUGGCCAGUCGCCAGCGUGUCUUGUACACGGCCAACGUGGGAGAUGCACGCAUCAUCCUGUGUCGAAACGGCAAGGCCCUGCGUUUAUCCUACGAUCACAAGGGUAGUGACGAAAACGAAGGAAAGCGAAUUGCUAAUGCCGGUGGUCUCAUCCUCAACAACCGCGUCAACGGAGUCUUGGCUGUCACCAGAGCGCUUGGAGAUACCUAUAUGAAGGAUCUCGUGACUGGCCACCCAUACACCACGGAAACGGUCAUACAACAUGACCUCGACGAGUUUAUCAUUAUUGCUUGUGAUGGGCUUUGGGAUGUCUGUAGUGAUCAAGAGGCUGUUGACCUCGUCCGAGAAGUUCACGAUCCGAAUGAGGGCUCAAAACUACUCGUCGACCACGCUCUCAACCGAUUUAGCACGGACAACCUGUCGUGUAUGAUUGUGCGAUUCGACAAGGAGGCUCUUGCACAGAGUCAAGCCACCCCAACUCGCUCUGAUACCGAAGCCGAAUCGAACAACGGAACCGCGGCAAAGGUCAGCGAGGUGGACAAGAUUAUCUCGGACACCAAGCAGAAGAUUGCCGAGGGCAAAACCCCGGCCGUGGGCGUAUCGGCUAGCAAUAGCGGACGUGGAUAUGACGCUGUUCCCGCGCAAGAGGAGGGAUUCGUUCCCACUAGCUUGAGUGACGCAUUAGUCGAAGAGCCUAUUGCUAUUGAAGAGGAUGAUAGCCCCGAGUUGGCUGCGACCGAAAACCCUGCCGAGGCCGCUGCUGCUGCUACUUCUGCUGCACAAGAGUCUACUUCUGCUGCGCAAGAAUCAAAACCCGAAUCAAAGGAGCCUGCAGACGCCUAG